UGAGCUGAGCUAGCGGCUUCUCUCAUUGUUAUUUAGUCUGUGUUCACGUGAAUGUUGACGGAGAUGUGUGUAUUCUUUGUGCUCAUGAAAUACAUUUUUGUGUGAAUAAUUUAUUGUGAAAUUUUAUCCGUUUUACAAGGCACUUUAUACAACUUAAAGGAUUUACACAAUGGUUGCAACAAGCACAUUAAACAGAAACUCGGAAUGCCUCUCUGAGUUUGCUGUUCGAGGAUAUGACCUGACUUGCAUCGAUCAUGAAAUGGAAUUUUGGGAACGGUGUUUGGCAGAGACUUACCUGGGUGCAGAAGUGUGUGAGGAACAGACAUGUCAGCAGCUCGCCCGGCUGCUUGAGGGCUGUUUGUCUAGGGCCAAAGCCAGCAAGCUGAAAUGUGCCCAUGUGCUGGUUCCAGAGACUCUCACCCUGCGGGUGGCACGGGACAUGCUCAGGUUGGCAGCAGGGGAGCCGUGUGGGUUGCGGGGCUGUGUGCUGGAUGUGCAUCUUGAGCUGGAAGAGCAGCUGCACCGCUGUGAGAGACUCGAGCGACUUGCUUGCGACGCAAGUGUGGUGCCAACUUUUGAAUUGACGUUGGUUUUCAAACAGGAUGGUGGUGGCUGGCCGAGUCUCAGGGAUUUUUUGCGCAUCGGUGCGUGUUUCCCACCUGGCACCCACCGUGCACUUAAGCUUCGCCCUGGGUUUAGGCUUAUUAAGAAAAAACUGUACUCCUCAGCAGCUGGAACUAUAGUUGAGGAGUGCUAAGAUGGUUGUGGGAAGGGCUGGAGUUUAAAUAUACAAUUGAAUGCGACUACGUUAUGAAUGUAAGAGUCUGCUGGGGAAGCAAAACUCAAGCUUUUGUAAGCUUUUCUUAAUCAAUAAUAGAAGAGAUUGUGUUUGGUGUGUUUGUUUUUUGGCACAAAAUGGCAUCGAACUAAAUUUAGAAUUGAUUGUUUAUAGGUAUUUGCUGUAGUUUUUGAAAGCAUCAUGGAUUGUGUUUAAUAUUGGCCUUGACCUUGUGCCAGCUUCAUCUAAAAUGGUCAUAAUUGUGUUCAAAUGAAGGGUUCACGAAGUGUUUCCUUUUAUAUAUCACACAUGAAUUCAUUAAUCAUUAGAUGCGUUUUCAAAGCGAGUUGAGUUACUAAGAGUUAUUUGACUACUGAAGUUUUAAAUUUUGGGUACAGGAAAGCAUCACUCCAAAGGGGGCCAUAUUUCUGAAUGUAUUGGGUCUGUGCUCAUGAAAGUCUUUCAAAUGUAAAUGUCAAGAUUUCCAACUGGUCACUGUUCUUGUUUUUUUUUUUAAGAGAAUAUAUGGAUAGGGCUUUGUAAGGUGUUUAUUUUAAAAUAUAUAUAUAUAUUGUUUUAUCCCUGUGUUCAUCUUGUAAUGGUCACUGCACAAAUGUUCUUGUCUUUAUCCUUCAACACUUGAUCUUUGUUUUACUUAUCUUCCCAACUGAAUACGCCUCUAUAUUUUGCCUGAAGUGCUGGUACAGCAACAGAAAAAUUUUAUUUAUAAGGAAGUUGAGAGCCUUGUCUAUUUUGACAAUAAACUAUAUUUUCAAAAGUUU